AUGUUUGAGACCAUCGUCAAUGCGGAGACGUCAAAGGCGGCAUGGGACAAGCUCCAAUUGACUCAUAGAGGAGCCAAUCGUGUGAAAAAGGUACGGUUGCAGACCUUACGUGGUGAGUUUGAAUCUUUACAAAUGAAGGAGACGGAGGUGAUAGCGGAAUAUCACACAAAAGUAAUGGCUGUCGUCAACCAAUUGAGACAGAAUGGUGAAGAAAUCACCGAUGUUCAUGUCAUGGAGGAGGUUCUACGAAGCCUAAAUAUAAAGUUCGAGAUUAUCGCCACGACGAUCGAAGAGACACAGGAUCUCAAGAACAUGACAAUUGAACAAUUUAUAGGCUCGUUACAAGCCUAUGAGGAGAAAAGAAAAGGAGAAUGGAGCAAACAGAGACCGUUGAAUAACUUAUUCAACUCAAAAUCAAGGAGAAGAAUAGUACGUGGAAGAGGUUAUGGUGGUCGAGGCCAUGGUGGAAGAGGUGAAGCCAACACCGAUGUUUCUCAAAACUCGUCUGAAUCCUCAAAAGGAAGAGGAGGUCAAGGUCGUGGAAGACGUGGUGGAAGGUCCGGGAGAGAUAAAUCUCAGGUAAAAUAUUAUAAUUGUAACAAAUAUGGACAUUAUGUGAAUGAGUGUUACUCAUCUCAAACAGAGUCGAUUGAUCAAAAGCAUCAGGACCGAUCAACCGUUAACACAUAA